AGCGCAGAGGACCUUGAUCCUAGCUCUCCUCGGGCCCUUUCUUCCUCUCGCUCCUCGCUCCCUAGAUUCUUUUCUAAGAUGGGUACUGCCAGCGGUGCCGUGGCCCUGCUGCUGGUGGUGGUGCUGGGAGCUAGCGUGUCCGGCUCCAGUGGGCAGCUGCAGGUGGGGUUCUACUCCAAGUCGUGCCCCAGCGCCGAGUCCACCGUCGCGUCCGUCGUCCGAGGAGCCUCCGCCGCCGACUCCACCAUCCUCCCCGCCCUCCUCCGGCUCCAGUUCCACGACUGCUUCGUCAGGGGGUGCGACGCGUCGGUGCUGAUCAAGGGCGGGAACAACAACGCGGAGGUGGACAACGGCAAGCACCAGGGGCUCCGCGGGAUGGACGUGAUCGAGAACGCCAAGGCGCAGCUCGAGUCGGUGUGCCCCGGCGUCGUCUCGUGCGCCGACGUCGUCGUCCUCGCCGCCCGCGACGCCGUCGCAUUCACCGGCGGGCCGUCGUUCGACGUGCCGACGGGGCGGCGCGACGGGAAGGUGUCCAACCUGCGGGACGGCGACGUGCUGCCGGACGUGCACGACUCCGCCCAGGUGCUCCGCUCCAAGUUCCGCGCAAGCGGCCUCGACGACAAGGACCUCGUCCUCCUCAGCUCGGCGCACACGGUGGGCACGACGGCGUGCUUCUUCAUCCAGGACCGGCUCUACAACUUCCCGCUCCCGGGCGGCGGGGUCGGGUCGGACCCGUCGAUCCCGGACGGCUUCCUGUCGGAGCUCAAGUCCCGGUGCGCGCCGGGGGACUUCAACACGCGCCUGUCGCUGGACCGCGGCAGCGAGCGCGUGUUCGACACCUCGAUCCUCCGCAACAUCCGCAACGGCUUCGCCGUCAUCGCCUCCGACGCCGCGCUCUACAACGACACGAGCACCGUGGACGUGGUGGACUCUUACUCGGGCCUCCUCAGCACCAUCUUCGGGCCCUACUUCCGGCAGGACUUCGCGGACUCCAUGGUGAAGAUGGGCAGCAUCGGCGUGCUCACCGGCGCCAACGGGGAGGUCAGGAAGGUCUGCUCCAAGUUCAACUGAGGCCCAUCACCAUCACCCAUCCCCGGAUCCAUAUUCCAUUCAUUGCGCUGCCGGCCGGCCGGAGGACUGGUUGGCAAGCUGGAGAUGAGAUGAAAAGCACUAGCCAGCCCAUGCAUUCGGACAUGCAUCUCGUGGAUGCAUGGCCCCGUCGCGUGGCGCUUUCAUGGCUUUUCUUCUUCUUCUUCUUUAAUUUAUUGUGUACAGUACAUGUUAUUGAAAAGAGAGAGAAGGGGAAAUUUAGUGGGUUCAUGUGAUUCUACCGCCAAGGUCUAGUACGUACGGUACGGCUGAGGGAUUGCAAGCUAUAGGAGGAUCUGUGCAGUUUUCUCUUUUGCAGCGGCUCGAAGCGAGAUUAAAUUCAUAGCUAGGGUAUAAGAUGUGCUUCUGUAUGCUUGUAUGUACACUACACACACCAUAUGUGCAAUUAAGUGGAGGUGCAGUCUAUGGUUUUGUCUUGGA